AUGAGGAAAAAAUUCGACCAUGAGAAUCACUCGCCGCCUUUUGUGUGUGCGGCCGGAUCAUUCUUUCUCCGCGCACCGACCAGGUCGGGGAUGCUAGUCCUGAUCCGUAUUAGCGUGCAACUUCCCGCGGGCAACCAACGUCACCUUGUCCGGCUCCGACAUACGGCGGAGACUCCUCCUCCUACUUAUACUUCGUCUUUUCUUUUUUCCCCUCAUCAAUUCUUCAGGAGAUACCCUCAGAAGUCAAGUAUCACCAUGUUAGGCCGCUGUGGUCGCCAGGCUUCGCGCCUCCUCCCGCGUCCUGUCACCGCCCGCCCGCCUUCAUUGCAAUGGCAGCGUAUGGUGUCAUCGUCCAGAGACGGCCAGCAAUCGUUGCUCACUGCGCCCCUUGAACAAGCUGACCCAUCAGUGUACAACAUUCUCCAGAAAGAGAAAAAACGCCAGCAGCAUUUCAUCAACCUCAUUCCUUCAGAGAACUUCACAUCCCAAGCGGUUCUGGAUGCCCUGGGCAGUGUCAUGCAAAAUAAAUACUCCGAGGGCUAUCCCGGAGCCAGAUACUACGGAGGCAACGAGCACAUAGAUGAGGCCGAGCGCCUCUGUCAGCAGCGCGCCCUAGAGACGUUCCGACUUAGUCCAGAGGAAUGGGGUGUCAACGUUCAGCCGCUCUCCGGGUCCCCCGCGAAUCUCUACGCCAUCUCCGCUCUCCUCAACACACACGACCGUCUGAUGGGCUUGGAUCUGCCGCAUGGCGGCCACCUUUCUCAUGGAUACCAGACCCCGACGAAGAAGAUCUCUUUUAUUUCCAAAUACUUCGAGACCCUCCCCUACCGCCUGGAUGAGUCUACGGGUCUCAUCGAUUAUGAGAGCCUGGAGAAGCAGGCCCUCCUUUACCGUCCCAAGCUCAUCAUCGCCGGUACAUCGGCCUACAGCCGUCUUAUAGAUUACCCUCGCAUGCGCCAGAUCGCCGACAACGCGGGCGCUUACCUCAUGAGUGACAUGGCGCACAUCUCUGGCCUGGUCGCGGCCGGCGUCAUCCCCUCUCCCUUCGCACACUCCGAUGUUGUGACAACGACAACGCACAAGUCACUCCGUGGCCCCCGAGGAGCCAUGAUCUUCUACCGUAAGGGCAUCCGCAGGACGGACAAGAAAGGCAACCAGGAGAUGUACGAUCUGGAAGGUCCCAUCAAUGCGUCCGUCUUCCCCGGCCACCAAGGCGGCCCUCAUAACCACACAAUCACCGCGCUGGCUGUGGCACUCCAGCAGGCGCAGUCGACUGAAUUCAAGACCUACCAGGAGACCGUUCUGGCCAACGCCAAGUCUCUAGCCGAACGCCUCGGUGGUUCGACCAGCAGUGGUGGCCUGGGCUACAACAUCGUUUCCGGCGGCACGGACAACCACCUCGUCUUGGUUGAUCUCAAGAACCGUGGUGUUGAUGGAGCGCGCGUUGAGCGCGUGCUAGAGCUCUGUGGCGUGGCCAGCAAUAAGAACACUGUCCCCGGAGACCGGUCGGCGCUGAAACCCGGUGGUCUGCGUCUCGGUACGCCGGCGAUGACCACUCGCGGUUUCCAACCGGAGGACUUCCGCCGGGUCGCUGAUAUCGUCGACCGCGCGGUCACCAUUACGCAGAAGCUAGACAAAUCGGCAAAGGAGAGCGCAGCUUCCAAGGGUGUCAAGAACCCUAACACGGUCAAGGCGUUUUUGGAGUAUGUAGGCAACGGUGAGGAAAUCUCGGAGAUUGUGCAGCUGCGACAGGAGGUGGAGGAUUGGGCCGGUACCUUUAAUCUUCCGUGGGCGAAGGAGUAGGAUAAUCAUGUAUGUAUUAUGUUCAACACGAUAGUCAAUCCCAACGGAGUAUUUUACAUC